AUGUCUACAUCUUUAGAAACAACUGCACCUGUAAAAACAUCAGUAACUACAGCAUCCUCAACUACUGAAAUUCCAACCACUACAGUUGUGAAUACACAAACCACACCUAUUACUUCAACAACACUGCCUACAACUUCAGAAAGUACAACAGCAGAAACCACAACUACAGCUUCAUCAACCACAUCUACAACAACAAAAGAUCCAACAACAUCAACAGCUGUAACUUCUGAAUCCACAACUCUUCCUUCAACCACUAUGUCUACAUCUUCUGAAACAUCUGCACCUGUAACAACAUCAAUAACUACAGCAUCCUCAACUACUGAAAUUCCCACCACCACCAAAGAUGUGAGUACAGAAACCACAACUACUGCUUCGACAAUACUGCCUACAACUUCAGAAAGUACAACAACAGAAACCACAACUACAGCUUCAUCAACCACAUCUACAACAACAAACAGUCCAACAACAUCAGCAGAUGUAACUUCAGAAUCCACGACUCUUACUUCAACAACAAUGUCUACAUCUUCAGAAACAACUGCACCUGUAACAACAUCAGAAACUACAGCAUCCUCAACUACUGAAAUUCCAACCACUACAGUCGUGACAGAAACCACAACUACAGCUUCAUCAACCACAUCUACAACAACAAACAGUCCAACAACAUCAGUAGAUGUAACUUCAGAAUCCACGACUCUUACUUCAACAACAAUUCGUGAGUACACAAACCACACCUAUUACUUCAACAACACUGCCUACAACUUCAGAAAGUACAACAGCAGAAACCACAACUACAGCUUCAUCAACCACAUCUACAACAACAAACAGUCCAACAACAUCAGCAGAUGUAACUUCAGAAUCCACGACUCUUACUUCAACAACAAUGUCUACAUCUUCAGAAACAACUGCUCCUGUAACAACAUCAGUAACUACAGCAUCCUCAACUACUGA